AAGACCAAACAGUAGCUAAAUACAUGGUCACAGUUCAAGGUCCAGUGUCUCCAGUUGAUCUGAAUCCAGACUCUGUGUCCAUCAGCUCAGACUCCUGUAACCUCACUGUGACCUGCAGCACAGAGGACUCACACAUCAACAGCACUUUCACAUGUGACACCAAAACCUGCUCUCAGGAGGGAGGAGACCAAUCAAAGGUCACCAACUCUGGUGCUUCCCUCCGUGUCCACCUGUUGAAUGGAACAAUCAUCUGUAACCAUAGCAACCAAGUCAGCUGGACUCAGAAGAAGACACAGAUUCAGGAUCUCUGUCUCCUACAUGCUGGACCUGAACCUCUCCACAAUCUUAAUAUUACAAUCGUGAUAGUUGUGAUACCUGUGAUAGCUGUUGUUGUCUCUAUGAUGCUUCUUGGAUGUUAUUGCCGUCAUAAGAGAAGAAAACAUGACAGAGAGAACAUACAAACUACAGAAGUGGAUAACUCCUGUUUUCUGAAUGAAGAUGAAGACUCAGCUAAUAAUUUGACCUCCACCUACUGCUUGGUCGGGCCUCAUACUGGACCCAGAGGAUCCACUAAGACUAAAACCAACAAUCAGCCAGAGAGUCUGUACGCAAUGGUAGAUAAGGCUCCCAGCUCCUGAGAGAAAUCAUCAGGAUGUGCACAUACAGUACUGUACAUACUGGUGUUAACAUAAAACCCUGUUAACUGGUCCUGACAUGAUCUGGGCUUCACAGUAUUGUACAUAUUAAAGUUAGACUGAUGCAUAAAACCAAAGCAAAGUGUAACAAACAGUGAAGACCUUAUAAAGUGGUUUACACAUACGAAAUGAUAGUUCCACUUUGUGCACAAAAAAAUUUACAGCAGAUGGACGUGGGUUUGAAUGAACAAAUCACAUUUGAUAUUUUAUAUGUUUUGUUUUCCCUAUUAACUAAGAUACUUGAUGUUAAGUUCAAAGCUGAAGUUACUGCUACAGAAGAAGAUCAUAUUUAAACUAAAUCAUAUAUUAACACAUACAAGGAUUAAAUUCAAUUAUGUUGUGAUUUGUAGCCAGAUUUUAACCUGUAGUUGUGUUGAAAUCUAUUAAGCAGCAUCU